AUGGAUUCAUAUAAUGAGAAUACCAAGAAGCUCUCUCUUGGAGGAAGGCUUCAAGGUCCAAGGCCCCCAGCUCUCAAGGUAGGCAAAAAUUCUUCUAAAAUCAAGAAAAAAGCUCCCCAAAAUUCCGCCAGCAACGCCGUUCGUCGACCAGUGAUCAUCUACCUAAGAUCGCCGGAAGUCAUUCGCGUCGACGCUUGCAACUUCAUGAAUUUGGUGCAAAACCUCACUGGAAACUCGUCAUCAUCUAACAGGGCGAUUGGGUGCAGUUCUACUGGAGUGAUGGAUCAUGUCGGUAAAGCCGAUGAGGUUCCGGCCGAUGGGGGGUUAGUUCAAGGGCCGCAACUUGGUGUGGAUGAGAUGAUGGAUCAUAUGCACCUUUCACAUGAAAUGUCUCCUUUGGUCCCAGAAAUUUCUUCAUCGGUGCCUUCGAGUAAUUCUUUUAUGAUCUCACCAAAUGUGUUCUCCAAUAUGCAUGAUUUUGGUAUGAUUUGUUAUUCUCCUGGUUAUCAAGACACUACAUCUACCUCUCCAAGAUUCAACCUUUAG